UCUACGACUCUAACUACUACGGAGUAGCAAAUAGCCAAAAACUCACAUUAGAACAAAAUCUUUGAAUUGAGCCUAAGAAUUACCUAUUAUCGAUCAAAAUCUUAUUAGAACAAAAUGGGCAGUAGCAUCAAAGUGAAGAAAUCAACCAUGGUGCGCCCUGCUAAGGAGACUCCAAAAGGCAGUCUUUGGCUCUCAAAGAUCGACAUGAUAAUACGCACACCUUACUCACAUACUAAUGCUCUCUUCUUUUAUCCUCCCAACAAUAAUACUAAUAAACCUUUUGAUCCCAACAUUUUCAAGGAGGCUCUUAGUAAAGCCCUAGUGCCGUUCUACCCCAUGGUAGGGAGGUUAAUAUUCAACGAUGAAAAUGGAAGGUACGAGAUCGAUUGCAAUGCUAAGGGAGCCUUAUUUAUCGAGGCAGAAUCAACAAAAGCUCUUGCCGAUUAUGGGGAUUACUUAAACCCGAAUUCACAACUCAAGAAGUUAGUUUUCCCUAAAUGCGACUACUCGGGAGGGCUCUCGUCAUUCCCUCUACUACUAGUGCAAAUCACCAACUUCAAAUGUGGUAGUUUAUGCCUUAGUAUUCAACCACAUCACCAUGUAGCUGAUGGGACUUCCCAUUUUCACUUCUUCAACUCAUGGGCUAUACUGCCUAGGGGUUUAGACCUUAGUGUCUAUCCUGUUCAUGAUAGGGCUACUUACCUUGCUCCUCGCAACCCGCCUCAAGUCAAGUUUCGGCACCUAGAGUAUGAGCCAUCCUUACCCCCUUUAAUCCCAAAGGGCUUAUCAGGUGAGAUGAUAAUGACAACCGAGUGUACUUUGAAGUUGACUAAAGACCAAGUUAACACCUUAAAAUUACAAGUAACAUCUCAAGAAGUGACUAAUUAUAAAUUAAGUACAUUUGAGGUUCAAGCUGGGCAUGUGUGGCGCAAUGUAUGCAUGGCGCGUGGAUUAGCAAAUGAUCAAGAUGUCAAACUUUACAUCGUAGUAAACGGACGAUCAAGAUUGAAAGAUAUGAGGCUACCAAAAGGUUAUUUUGGUAAUAUCCAUUUAUAUGCAACUUGUUUAGAAAAGGAAGGAGAUAUCAAGUGCAAACCAUUAAGGUACGCUGCGAGUAAAAUUCACGAGGCAAUUAAAAAAUUUGAUGAUAUUGAAUACAUAAUAUCAGCCAUUGAUUUUUUGGAAUCACGUCCUAAUGUAAUGGAUAUUGUUCGAGGGUCACAAACUUCUACAUGUCCUAAUUUCGCAAUAAAUUCUUGGGCUAGUUUGCCUUUAUAUGAAGGUGACUUUGGAUGGGGUGGACCCAUAUAUACGAGCAUUAAUGCAAUCAAGUAUGAAGGCAAAUCUUUCAUUACACCAAGCUCAGAUAGGGAUGGUAGUUUUUCGGUGACCCUCAAGCUUUUCUCCACUCAUAUGGAGGCUUUUAAGGAGUACUUCUACAACAUUAGUAGCAAACUAUGAAUAUGUAUUGAUGCACGAUUCUUGGAAUAACACCUUUUAUGGAAGUAGGUGCACCUAAGGGUUUGGUUUUUAUUUUUAUUUUUUUUAUUUUUUUUUUCCUUUUUUUGUGUGUGUGUGUGCACUCAUUUUUAGAUUUUAAAAUGAACAAAUAAUAUUAAAUGAGCAAACUAUAUCUAUGGGUAUUGUUCCAAAAAAAAAAAUUGUGGGUUGCACUUUACAACCGAUGUAUAUAAAUUUUUAUUCUUGGUGGGCUCUUGUAUGAAUUCUCUUAUGCACAUUUUACUUGCGGUGCUUUUUUUGUGUGGCUGGUCAUACUGUGUGGUCGGGGUUACUUAUCCGGGGUCAAGGGUUAUUUAUUACGAGGUUACUCAAUCGGUUAGUGCGUUUUCACCGGAGUUACUAUUCAGGAUUACUCAUUUAGGGGUUACUCGUCAAAGGGUUAAUUGUUGUGGGGUUACUCAGUCGGUUGGUGCGUUUUUGCCGGGAUUACUUAUUUAGGGGUUACUCAGUCGGUCAAGGGUUACUUAUUAUGGGGUUACUCAGUUUGUUAGCGCAUUUUUUGUGUGAGAAUAACCCCUAACCGACCGAGUAACCCCUGAAUAAGUAA